UUGAAAUGAGAUUGUUUAACCGAGAACAUUGUUUGAAUGGGUCCCCCUAAAUAGAUUGUGAAUCUUAUAAAUACAUUUCUCUCACCUUCAUCAUCGAUUCAGAUAAUUGAAUAAAGAAAAUCUUGUAUAAAAAUGGCUUGGAUUACAAGAUUUGUAACAGCACUGGCCUUCUUGGCACUCGGGGUAAUUUUUUCGCCGGAAACUUUCGGGUCAAAAUCGGAGGGUCAGCAUCCGCCGAGACUCACUACUCUCUUGAAGCUGGCCCACCUCCUCUGUUUCUCAACUGCCUGGGGCGCUGCCCUCUGGGUGACUUUCAUCGGCGGCAUCAUGAUGUUCAAGAAUUUGCCGAGGCAUCAAUUUGGGAACUUGCAGAGUAAGAUGUUUCCGGCUUACUUCUCGAUGGUGGGUGUGUGCUGUGCAGUUACGGUGGGGGCUUUUGGAUACUUGCAUCCUUGGAAAACCUCAGCAGCUGCCGAGAAGUACCAACUGGGAUUCCUUCUCGCUGCGUUUGCUUUCAAUCUCAGCAAUCUCGUUAUCUUUACACCCAUGACCAUCGAGAUGAUGAAGGAAAGGCAUAAGAUAGAGAGAGAGGCAAAAAUUGGGGAUGAAAUUGGGUCGACUAAGAACCGAGAAGUUGCAGAGAAAAACCCAAAACUUGCUGCCAUGAACAAGAAAUUCGGAAUGAUUCAUGGACUGUCUUCUCUUGCUAAUAUCAUAUCAUUUGGUAGCCUUGCGAUGCAUUCUUGGUACUUAGCAAGUAAGAUCAAUUUGUCGAUCUAAUCAUACACUCCUGCGACUGGGGAGGAGGUAUCAAAUCUGUCUUUUUUGUCUUCGACAGCUGACUUAUAUAUGAAUUAGCACAAUGUUGAUAAUAAAAAGCUAAAAAGCCAGAUAGUUGUUCUUUCAAUCAAAGAGUUUAAAUUUCUUUUGGCAUUUAAAAAAUAAAAAUGAGUGGCUUGUAUCAUUUACCAUUAUUUAACUUUGCUGUUCUUUCUGCACUCCCAGCCCCUUUCUUUUCUCCCCUUCAUUCGUCUUAUUGAAGUGACAGAAUGCUUUAUGGAUUUUGUUAUAGAACAGUUGAAUUUGUGGUGCA